AUGCCGCGCCAGGCCGCCCCGCGGUGGGUGCUGGGGGAAGGCGGCGGGCCCCAGGGGGCUGCGGGGGCUGCGGCCACCAUGCUCCGCUCCCUGCUGCUUCACGCCCUGCGGCUCUGCGCCCAGACGGCCUCGUGCCUCGUGCUCUUCCCGCGUUUCCUAGGCACGGCCUUCGUGCUCUGGCUCCUCGACUUCCUGUGCAUCCGCAAGCAUUUCCUGGGCCGCCGCCGCCGGGGGCAGCCCGAGCCCGCGGCGGAGCUGGACAGCGACGGCGAGGAGGUGCCCCCCGACGACCCGCCCGUCUGCGUGUCCGACGACAACCGCCUGUGCACCCUGGCGUCGCUGAAGGCCGUGUGGCACGGCCAGAAGUUGGAUUUCUUCAAGCAGGCGCACGAGGGCGGCCCAGCGCCCAACUCGGAGGUGGUGCUGCCCAGCGGCUUCCGCAACCAGCGCAUCCUUGACUACGCGCGGGGAAGCCGCCCGCUGGUUCUCAAUUUCGGCAGCUGCACCUGACCACCGUUCAUGGCGCGCAUGAGCGCCUUCCAGCGCCUGGUCACCAAGUACGAGCGCGACGUGGACUUCCUCAUCAUCUACAUCGAGGAGGCUCACCCCUCGGACGGCUGGGUCACCACCGACUCCCCCUACAGCAUCCCGCAGCACCGAAGCCUGGAGGACCGGGUGAGCGCCGCGCAGGUGCUGCAGCGAGGGGCGCCCAGCUGCUCUCUCGUCCUGGACACCAUGGCCAACUCCAGCAGCUCGGCCUACGGGGCCUACUUCGAGCGCCUCUACGUGGUCCAGAACGGCACCAUCAUGUACCAGGGCGGCCGCGGCCCCGACGGCUACCAGGUGUCCGAGCUGCGCACCUGGCUGGAGCGCUACCACGAGCAGCUGCACGGCGCUCGGCCGCGGCGAGUGUAAACCAUCAGUGGACAGUUGACUGAACUUGGCGGGCGGUGCCUUCGAGCCUUCGAAGCCCACGUGCAAACGCACCAAACCGAGUCACGUUUGCCGAGGGCCCAGCGACACAGGCGUGCAGAGCCUCGGAUCUGGCUGAGCUGUGCCCUCGGCCCAGCCACCGGAAAGUCCUCCCCCGCCUCCCCCGGACUGUGCUGCUGUGACAGCCCCUCACCUGUACCUGCCUGGCUGGCUCCGAAUCCCCUUCUGAGUGCGGAUGUGGCCCCACCCCCACCCCACUUGUCCCCGCGGAGGCCCCUCCCUCUCCCACCCCCUCCCCGGAGAUAAGAGCCAGCGUGCCUUCAGCCCGGAGCAGAGCCCCGCCCACGGAGACUCUGGCCCCGCCCCCGCCCCCUGACGCCCCGCUGGGUUCCAGCAGCCCCAGCGGCUGCCCUCCUUGCCUGGCACCCAACCCCUGUCGCUCCCAGGGAGGGGAUGCCCUGCUGCUGUUGUGUCUAUUUCUUGU